UCCGCAUAUACCCUCAUAAUAUUAUUUUCCAGAAAAUAGAAAAAAAGGAGAGAAAUUCAGGAAGCCGAAGGGAACGCUUGUCCACGAUAUCCUCCAUUCCCGGGAUAGUCCAAUCGCCGAUCUCCUCCUUCCUCUCUGCCGGGCUCCGCCGCCGCUGCAGACGCGCACCGCUCAACUAACUUCCAUUGAAUCCUUAGAGCUAACUUGUGCCUUGCUACUAUUCGCUCCCCUUCUCUUUGCCGCUGUGCCGCUUUGCCGCUGCAUCAAUCUCGCGGGCGGCACUCUCGACUGGCAAGCCUCGGUUUAUAGGGUCUCCAAGUCGGUUGACGUUGGGAUUCUUGUCGUAUUUGGUUAUUUUUUGCAGUUAGUUCUGCAUUCGGCUGCAACUAGGGCGUGGUUGGGGUAUGGGCGGUGCUUUCUAUGGUCGCCAAGGAAUGCAGCAUGUAUGAGUGCCAAAAGUUUUAUCCGAUUCGGGAAACUUGGCCAUCUGGGUGAUUUCGGUCAUCGAUGCAAUCGGAGUAUUGGAGUUCUCUGCUAGAUUUUGGUGAUUCUUUACAUUGCGCAGAUUUAACUUUAAACAGUGAUUGCACCAAAGCGGCCAUCCUUAUUUCUUCAUUAUUAUUAUGAUUUUUAUGGCGUAAUUUUUGUUUUCUCGAGAGGUCCUGAAUCUUAGAAGCAUCUUUUUUGGUAUCUUUUGAAGCAUGGCACUCAGGAAGCACAAAGCUUCUGGUGAUUCAUCUUCUGCUGCCUUGGCACCUUUGAAUUUCGUGAGAAAGAUGCCUGAGAAGGGGAAUUCUGCUGAGGCAGAUAUGAAAUCCUGUGUUUCUUUGGAAUCUCAUGUAGAUAUAGACCCAAGGGAAGUUUAUUUCUUAAUCAUGCAUUUUCUAUCAGCAAGUCCAUGUAAGAGGACUUAUGGACAGUUUUGGAAUGAGCUCUUGGAGCACCAACUUUUACCAAGAAGAUACCAUGCUUGGUAUUCCAGGAGUGGUGUGCGAAGUGGAGAUGAAGAUGAUGAUGGCAAGUCGCUCCCAUUAAGCUAUUCGACCUUGGUUGAGAGGUACCCGCAUGUUGAAAAAGAUCACUUGGUAAAACUUUUCAAGCAACUGAUUCUUAACUGCACCCCUCAAGUACAUGGCGCAUCAGGAAACAUUCCAAAUGCAGCUGAUGUACCCACUCUACUUGGAUCUGGCCCUUUCUCACUUCUAUCAUCUGAUAGAGAUGGGGAUGACAAAAUACCUGGCCGAUUGCCUGGUUAUCUGCGUUGGCCGCACAUGCAGGCUGAUCAGGUUCGUGGAUUAAGUCUGAGGGAGAUUGGAGGUGGCUUUACUAAGCACCAUCGUGCUCCAUCUGUUCGUGCUGCUUGUUAUGUCAUUGCUAAGCCAUCUACUAUGGUACAAAAGAUGCAAUUUACGAUAAAGUUGAGGGGGCAUCAAAAUGCUGUCUAUUGUGCAACAUUUGACCGCUUGGGGCGCUAUGUAAUUACUGGUUCAGAUGAUCGGCUGGUAAAAAUUUGGUCCAUGGAAACUGCAUUCUGCCUUGCCAGCUGUAGAGGACACGAGGGCGACAUUACUGACUUGGCUGUGAGUUCAAAUAAUGCUUUGGUGGCAUCUUCUUCAAAUGAUUUCACCAUCAGAGUUUGGCGCUUGCCUGAUGGUUUACCAAUUUCUGUCUUGAGAGGACACACUGGAGCUGUAACUGCUAUUGCUUUCAGCCCACGGCCAAGCUACUGCUAUCAGCUGUUAUCGUCCUCUGAUGAUGGAACAUGCCGGAUCUGGGAUGCUAGGUACUCCCAGGUCAGCCUGCGAAUUUAUGUUCCAAAGCCUCCGGAUACUGCUGGUAGGGUGAAUGAUACCUCAACAAAUGCUGUUCAGCCAUGUCAUCAAAUCUUGUGCUGUGCAUUCAACGCUAGUGGAACUGUUUUUGUUACUGGUAGCUCAGAUACUUACGCAAGGGUAUGGAAUGCAUGCAGAAACAGUGCAGAGGACUGUGAGCAACCAAACCACGAGAUGGAUGUCUUAUCAGGCCAUGAAAAUGAUGUCAAUUAUGUACAGUUCAGUGGUUGUGCAGUGGCUUCUAAAUUUUCCAGCACUGAUACUCUGAAGGAGGAUAACAUUCCGAAGUUCAAAAACUCCUGGUUUACUCAUGACAACAUAGUUACCUGUUCACGUGAUGGCAGUGCAAUUAUUUGGAUCCCAAGGUCUAGGCGAUCUCAUGGUAAAGUUGGACGUUGGACACGUGCAUACCAUCUUAAAGUUCCCCCACCGCCCAUGCCUCCCCAACCUCCUCGUGGAGGUCCCCGCCAGAGGUUUCAGCCUACUCCUCGCGGCGUUAACAUGAUAGUCUGGAGUUUAGAUAAUCGAUUUGUGCUUGCUGCUAUCAUGGAUUGUCGAAUAUGCGUUUGGAAUGCUUCUGAUGGCAGUUUGGUUCAUUCAUUAAUUGGUCAUACUGAAUCAACUUUUGUAUUGGAUGUUCAUCCAUUCAACCCUCGAAUAGCUAUGAGUGCUGGUUAUGAUGGAAAAACAAUAAUAUGGGAUAUUUGGGAGGGGACUCCGGUACGAGUAUAUGAAACUGGACGUUUUAAGCUGGUUGAUGGAAAGUUCUCCCCGGAUGGUACGUCACUUGUUUUGUCUGAUGAAGUUGGUCAAAUUUUUAUAAUAGCCACUGGACAAGGAGAAUCACGAAAAGAUGCACAAUAUGAUCAGUUCUUCCUUGGGGACUAUCGUCCGCUUAUCCAGGACACAAAUGGAAAUGUUUUGGAUCAGGAGACUCAGCUUAUACCAUACAGAAGAAAUAUGCAGGAUCUCCUUUGUGAUUCCAGCAUGAUUCCUUACCCAGAACCUUAUCAGAAUAUGUACCAGCAACGUCGAUUAGGAGCUCUGGGUAUCGAAUGGCAUCCACCCUUGGUGAAGUUCGCUGUUGGCCCUACAUACAAUGCCCACACUGGUGACUACCAGAUACUUCCCAUUGUGGAUCUGGACAGGCUGAUUGAACCGUUGCCAGAAAUAGCUGAUCUUAUUGAUUGGGAACAUGACAAUGAAUUGCAGAGUGAAGAUACUGACUCGGAAUAUAAUGCUACCGAUGAAUAUUCGAGCGAAGGGGAACAUAUAAGUUUCAGUGGCAGUUCUACCGGAGAGGCUGAGUGUAGUGCUGCUGACAGUGAGGUUGAUCAUGUUAAGAAGGAAGGCCUUAGAAGAUCAAAAAGGAAGAAGUUGCAAUCUGAGCUUGAUAUUACCACUUCUUCUGGGAGACGGGUGAAAAGAAGAAAGUUGGAUGAUCAUGAUGGUGGAACUUUUGUAUCAAAGGCUUCCAGAGCACGACCAUCGAGAAACGGAAGAAUAGCUGCUAGAAAAAAGAAAUCAACAUUGAAAUCAUUACGUCCUCAAAGACGUGCUGCACGCAACGCUCUCAGUCUGUUUUCUCAAAUAUCUGAUGGAGAAGAUGAAGAUGAAUUAGAGAGUACUUCCUCAGAAAGUGAAUCAUUGCUUCCUGAUUCCAACAGCCCAAGCAAUGAAUCUGAAGGGUCGAUGAAGAACCGACAGAUGCAGCAUGGAAAAGGGAGAGAAAUUUCUAUAGAGGAGCAUGGUGAUGCUGCAAAGCCUUCUAUGUUGAAUGACAAUAAGGUGGGUAAUGGGAGUAAGAGAAGGCUGGUAUUGAAGUUGAAGGCGUCUAAUUUUUCUGGCAUGGCUAGAUUGGAAUGCCGGGAACAGGGUGCAGUAAUGGCUUCCCCUGUAAAAACUAAUUAUGAUUCUAGUAACUUUGACCAACUUCACUCUAGAGCAUCCGAAACAGCAAAUUCCUCUGCUGGAAGAUUAGAAAACUUCAUAUCCCAGUGUGGUAGUGGUGCUAGAAUCAGAGAAAAAAGCGAAAUGGAUAUGUCAGAACCGGUCAACGACCUCGUUGGACACAAAGCUACUAUGAAAUGGGGUGAAGUUAAGCAGCGCUCCACUAAACGCUUAAGGUUGUAUGACGCUUCAACUGUUGAUAUUGUAGAAGGUUGUGGUAAUGGAAAUCUAAACUGGGAGGGAGGAUCAACCUCUAAUUGUGAAAAUCAAGCUAUUGGAGAAGGUUUAGAUAAGGUGGGAAAUGGAAUUAAUGGAAUGUUUGAAAAUGAUGCCUCAACAUUGGAUAAUGGAAGAGGUUUCAAGAAUUCACCAAUUAAUUCCCAGCAAAAUCAGUUUGCAUUGCCAUUAACCUGCAGUAAAAAUAGAACAGAAGCUCAGGAUGAUGUGCUCAAUGAAUAUGAAGGAAGACCUAUGACCAGUCAACAUGCAGUGGUUGAUGAAUCUUUAAAUACCUUUGAAAUGGCUUGUGAUAAGCUUACUUCUUCAUCAGAAAAUAAAUAUGAUGCUGGUCAUUCCCAGGAAAGGCAAAAGGUUUCUCAGUCUGUAUUUCCAAAACUAAGGAUCAAAACAAACGGGUUCAAUAAGGAAACAUACAAGCUGAAAUCUGUUAGUUGGGAUGAUUGUAGAACCUCUGAUGGUGAUUUUAUUUCAAAUCGCGAAGUAUCAGGUAAAGGCAAUCUGAUGUCAGUGGUGCCUGAAGAGGAGGGCACUACUGGAGAUAGUGCGGAACACAGUGACUGGAACAAUGGAUCUGACAGCAUGGAAAUCUGGACGAACAAAUCUUCAAAUAGGAAGUUUAGUACUGUUUACAGAAGAUCAAGAUCAUCUAGAAGCAGGAAGAAUUGUAAUGGUGAAAUGAAUGCUAUGGAAGAAAGCACAUCAAAUUCCUACAACCAUGGUGGAAAUAUGAAAAAUGGUUACAGUGAUGCUUUGGCCGAAGACGGCCAUGAAAGGAGAUUUACUAGCGCGAUGGCUAGCACAUGUGAUUUUGGUUCUGUAACUCCUAAAUUCAGAGGAAACUCGUCCUCAAACCCGCCAGAUGGAAGGAAAUCAAUAUCAAAAACUACACUUUUUUUAAGGUCUUUUAGAAACAGAAGAGAAAAUCAUAACACUGGCCUUAGACCUCCUGAGAAAAGAAGAUACCAGCAAGCGCCCAAAAAGUUUCCAUGGUUGAUGCUGUUAGAGCAUGAGGAAGCAUAUAGGUUCGUACCUCAGAAAGGAGACGAAGUUGCAUAUUUGAGACAGGGUCAUGAAGAAUUCCUCGAAGUGCACCCAUUACCGGAGGCGAGGCCUUGGAGACACAUAGAAGGAAGCCUUAAAGCUGUGGAGUUCUGCAGAAUUAAGGGCCUUGAUUAUGCUACUGUUUCCGGAUCUGGUGAUAGCUGCUGCAAGCUUACUCUUGAGUUUAUAGAUCCAAAUUCUACUGGUUUUGGUGAAGAAUUCAAAAUGACUUUGCCUGAACUCGAUACGUUCCCUGACUUUCUCGUAGAAACAACGAGAUAUGUUGCUGCCACUGCGAGAAACUGGACGCACCGUGACAAAUGUCAGGUAUGGUGGAAGAAUGCGGAUGGUGAUGGUGGGAGUUGGUGGGAAGGUAGAAUUUUGGCUGUUAAACCUAAAUCUCCUGAAUUUCCUGAUAGCCCAUGGGAGAGAUUUGUAAUUCAGUACAAAAAUGAUUCUGGCCAACAUUUGCAUAGCCCAUGGGAACUUUAUGAUGCUGAUGUCCAGUGGGAUCAUCCACGAAUUGAUGAGCGGACCAGAAAUAAGCUGCUAGCUUCUCUUGAUAAAAUAGAACAAUCAUCAAUUCGAAAUCAGGAUUACUAUGGCAUUCAAAAACUGAGUCAGGUGUCACAGAAGACUGAGUUCUUAAACAGGUUUCCUGUUCCAUUAUCCCUCGAGGCGAUAAGGAGAAGGCUAGAAAACAACUACUAUCGAACCGUCGAGGCGGUCAAGCACGAUGCCUCCGUUAUGGUUUCCAACGCCGAGGCUUACUUCAUCAGGAGCGUGGAGAUGUCUACUAAGAUAAGGCGUCUCGCAGAUUGGGUCGCACGAACGUUCACUUCUUUGUAGGGGAUGGAACAAUUUUGUAGGUGAUGAUGGUAAUUGGUAUAUUUGUGAGGCUUUGUUCCUGUUGAUUACUUGUAGAUAGAUUUCCAUUUCCUUCACUAACUUGACUCUCUCUCUUGUUUGGCAAUCUCUUACCCAUUUAUCCAAUUUUUUUUUCUUUUGAGGGGAUUAGAUUUUCUUUUGGGGCUUCCUUUUAGAGGGCCCUUUUAGAAAUAGAGUUUCAGGUGAAGGAAGCAGAGGUGGUGGUGGUGGGUUUGUUACCCUCAGAAUUCUUUCAAUGUAUAGACUUACUUCCAUCAAUUAAAUAAUUGAUGAGUAAAAAAAAAAAAACAAACAUAUAUAGUGUGACUAUUACAGAUUUCUGCACUUUUGAUUUUUUAUUUUUAUAUUUGUA